GCGGCUUUGCAGCGAUGUCUGGCUAUGAUGAGGACAUUUAUGAAAAUCCAUUCUUUCAAGCGCUCAACAACAAGCACGCGUCUCUGUACGAGCAAGCUGCAAUACAACGUUGGAUGAUAUUGAUACCUCGCAUUGGCUCAGCUGGUCGUUUGUCUUUAAACAAGAGUGAUUUCGAGACUCACGUCGUUCAUCCCAUCGAUAGAUUGGAUGAUGUAGCAAGCGUCAAGACUGUGGUGAACGAUGGAGCUGCAAAAACCACUGACACUGAAAGAGUCUUUGUUACCAUGAAUAAGAAGGAACUGAACAUUGUAGGUGAUGAAAUUACAACGGGGAGUGGAUUUCGAGAACGGAGAGUUGUGAAGGUCUUAUUUGAAGAGACUUUCUUUAAUUUGAGUGAUGAGAGUUUCAAAGUGUUGUGUAUUGAGCAGCCGCUAGAAGGAGCUGUUGUUGAUGACUUGGCGAUACCAUCACUUGAGACUCUUAGAGAUUGUGUGCGUUUCUUGUUUGCUGAUUCAGGUAACAAAAGGAUUCAAAGAACAGUGGAUGAGAUUCUUGACAAUGCGCGUGCAUCGAUUAAGUUCUUUCAUGGACAGUCAAUAAGACACCCUUUGGAUGCCACUACAGCAGUGUUCGCACGGGUUAUGCAGAUUGUUCUAAAGGACAGUACUCUGAAAAAGCCUGCAAUUAGAAACAAAGCAUUUAUGACCAAUGUGAAAAUAUCAAUGGAGACUUACGUGAUGGCAAGACUUCAUAGCAAGAUUUUUAAUGGCGUCUGUUCUCUCGUCUCAUCUGACGAUUCAGCAGUCAAUAAAACUACUCGAAAUUUGCUUGAUUUGCAGCUUCGAGAACUGGGAGUUCGAGUUGAAGCGUUCCCUAACUUAUCAGCUGCUCGUGAAAUGCUAUCCCAACUGAACAAGUUUGAGACACCAUUAGAAAAGCUGUGCUGCUUGAAGAGAACAGUAGUUGCCAUCUCGUCACCUAGUAGUGGUCAGACACAGAUGGUAACAGCCGAUGACCUCUUGCCUAUGCUGGUGUUUCUUGUUGUCAAGUCGGAAAUACCCAACUGGUUGGGUAACCUCAUAUACAUGCACAAUUUUAGCUUGGCUGGUUCACUAAGUGAAGAGUUUCGGUAUAUAUUGUCAUCAUUUGAGGCUGCUGUGCAGCACAUCAAGGAGGGUCACCUCAGUAAUCGGCAAUUCUCUGUCAGACAGAGAAUUCUCGACAGUCCUACUAAAGCACCGAGUGCUGUGCCAUGGCAAUCGCUUGAUAACCCAGAUGGUGUCAAUGGUUUCUCGGCUGUUGAUCGUUUGUUUAGUUUGGUUGCUCGCAAUGCUGUACAGGACGUGGCAGCUAUGCUAGCUGUCUCUACGUUGCAAUCACAGGAUAACAUUACUGCUCAGCUUUGUCAUCCGCUUUGCUCUUGUGACAAAUGCGAGAAGCUUGUAGCCAGAACCCGCAAUGACCUUAAUGCAGUGACUGUUUUCUCACGUGACGAUCGAGGAUGCACAUCAUUGCAUGUUGCUGCACAAGAAGGUUAUACGGAAGUAAUGACUUUAUUGAUUGAACGCCAAGCACAGGUGAAUGCUGCAGACUUCCACGGCAGCACCCCACUUCAUGUUGCGUGUUUGAGAGGAAACCAAAAAGCCGCGAUUCUUUUGAUAGACAGGUCAGCAAGUGUAAAUGUCAUCACAAACGAUGGCAAUUUACCACUCCACCUGUGUUGCAUGAAUGGGCAUGAAGAAUGUGCCAAAGUAUUCUUCUUCCAUGCAAAGCAAAGUGUAGACGUAAGUCUUCCUAACGAGCAUGGAGACACGGCAUUACACAAUGCUGCCAAGUGGGGCUAUGUGGGUAUUGUACAGUUGCUUCUUGACAACGGAGCAUCUCCUCAGGCACUAAACAGACGAAAGGAGACGCCUUUCCAAUGUUCUCACAGCCCAGAUGUGUUGCAGCUGCUGCAAGAGGCAGACACACAUGAUGACUACGUCCAUUGUGACCAGGAGAUUCCUAUCGGUAUUAAUGUUCUUCGCAUCAACAAAAAGGGUAGUUCUCAGCAUAGAAAGACCCAGGCAAGCAGGCAACAUAUACAAAGCAACCUGGGCAGCUCACUCGGUAAGAAGAGCACAGUGACUGUCGGUGAACUCAGUCCACAUGAAUUAGAAGUUCAAAGACUCAUCCAGGCAUGCACUGAUGGAGACAUUCAAAUGGUUCAAUUCAAGCUGGGUUGGGUUGAAGAUGAAGUUCAGGAUGCAAAGAAUGCAUCGCAUCUCUGUCAUCCACUAUGCCAAUGCAAUUCUUGUAUAAAAAUUAAGGAGCAAAUUAACCAGCACGUUGUGCUGUCCAUGGAUGAAUGUGACCUAGAGGGUAGGACCGUUCUUCACGUUGCGUCGAUCUGCGGUCACAGAAACAUUGUUCUGUUAUUGCUGAAACGAGGCGCUGCUGUUAACCCCAAGAACAAGCUGAAACAAACUCCGUUGCACCUUGCUUGUCAAUACAAUCACCAAGAUAUUGUAAUGUUGCUGAUUGAGUAUGGUGCCCGUGUGAGCGCUAGAGAUGAGAGAGGAAACACUCCACUACAUUUCUGUUGCAGCAAUGGUCAUGAUGCAUCAGCCGCAAUUCUUCUCUUUCACGACGCUCCUGUCAAUGCAGCUAAUAAUCAUGGCAACACUCCACUACAUAAUGCUGCAAGAUGGGGUCAUCCGACAUUGGUCAGCACUCUCCUUCAUCACGGGGCAGUCAUUAGCUUGAAGAACAGUGAUCAUCUUACACCAUCUCAGUUAACACAGAAUGAUGAUGUAAUCGACCUGUUGGAUCGAGCUCACCGUGGUGAAAUCAAAAUUGGUGUAUAUGCUCGCCGUGUCAGCCAUGCAUUGGACAUCAAAGAGCAACACACUUUAUCACCAUCACAAUCAGACCAACGCCUGCGGGCAGCAAGUGUGGAAUCCCCCUUGUCAAGAUCGUUUCCUGGGCUAGCAGUGAGCAGUUCUCCAGUUGCCGGCACUUCAGCUUCUGCAACUGUUGAUGACAUUGUCCUUACUGGUCAACACCGUCGGUCUCCUGCAGAUUCUCUUGAACGCAAUGGAAGGAGAGGAAGGUCUACUGUAAAUGUCCGGCAGACUCCCAGUUACGACCAGGUCAAGAAUCAGAGAUUGGAAAGAUCUCCCAAGAAGACUUUAUAAGCCGUCCAAUUAAAUCCCACCUGUAUAGUUAUUUCUAACAUUGUUUGAGUUUGAUACAACAGGUACUGCUUUAUGUUGACCUUUGCGUCAAUCUAUCAACCUACUAGUAGAGUUCUUAUUUUCUGAGGGAAAAAUUUACAUUAUCUUUAAGACUGAG